GCCACCUUUUAAAAAGAUCGAGGACGGACUUCCAUUCCCGCCAAAUCACAUGAAGGACCUCAAGCACAUCUCCACCCUCAUUAGCCAUGGCCCACUACCGACAAACCCUCCGAUCUUCAAUCUCUCUCCCAAAUCCCCUCAAUCUCACCCUCCAUAUCUGCUCCCUCUUCCUCAAGUCCUGCUUCUCCCACUCUCCCUCCCUCAUCAACCAUCUCUCUCAAUCAAGCCACCUCCCCGCUGCCCGCCGCCGCUUCCUUGACAUGCCUGAAUCCAACACCAUCUCCUACAACACUCUCAUCAAUGACUAUGCAGUUGCCGGACUGACCGGACCCGCUUUCCGGCUCUUCGAUGACCUCCGUCGAUGCAAUCUGAAUCCUGAUGUCUUCACUCUAACUUCACUCUUGAAAUCUUGCGGUAGCAAUUCCCGUGCCAAUGCCAUCGCUCAUGCGAUUGCUGUUAGGAUCGGGCUUAAUUCGGGCGCUUUCCUGAUAAGCGUCUUGAUCCGUAAUUAUUCCAAGUACGGAGACUUGAAUUCGGCGGAGAAAUGCUUCGAUGAGCUUUUGAUCCUUGACAGCGUUGUUUGGACGACAAUGAUUUCGGGGUUUGUACAAAAUGCGCAGCACGAAAGAGCGAAAGAGGUUUUCGUGCAAAUGCGAGCUUUGGGAUUGUGUUUGAAUGAAUUUACCUUGACUAUCAUUGUAGGUGCGUUUGUCGAUUUUCUUGAUAUUGAAUGGGGGCGGUGUGUUCAUGGGUUGGGUAUAAAGAUGGGGUUUUUGUCGGGUUUGUGGACUGCCACGAGCAAUGCAGUUUUGAGCAUGUAUUUAAGGUGUGGGUGUAGAUUGGAUGGGAUUAAGGUUUUUGAUGAGAUUCGGGAACCUGAUGUUGUUUCUUGGUCUGCGCUUGUCGGGGCUUACAGUGGCGAAGAAGCAUUCGGAGUUUUUAAAUUCAUGAGAUUUAGCGGUGUUGAAUUGAAUGAGUACACAGUUAUCAAUGUCUUGUCAGCAAUUGUGGGCUGUGUGAGGCUGAUGGAAUUGGGGAAACAGAUCCAUGCUUGGUGUUGGAGAGCUGGGUAUCUAUCUGUGGUUUCGGUUUGCAAUGCUUUGGUUUCCAUGUAUGGGAGAUAUCGGCAGAUAGAUGAAGCUAGGCGGGUGUUCGAUGAAAUGCUUGUUUGGGAUUGUGUGUCUUGGAAUGCUUUGAUUGAUGGGUAUGCAGAGAAUGGUUUGGUUGGUGAUGUGUUGAGGAUGUUCUCUCUAAUGCGGCGGUCAUCGAUGGAGCCUACUAAGUUUACUUUGGCUAGCGUUAUUGAAGUAAUUUCAGUCUCGGGGGCUUUGAAUCAGGCAAUGCAAAUUCAUUCGCUUAUAAUCAAAAUGGGAUUUGAGUCGGAUGAUUCAAUGGCGACUGGUCUGAUAACGUUGUAUGGCAGGUGUUAUGGAAUUGAGGAAUCAAAGCGGGUUUUUGAUGAGACUGAAAGAGAAGAUGCGGCGCAUGUAAAUGCAAUGGCUGCUGCGUUUGUACAUGCUGGUUACCAUUUAGAUGCCAUGAAACUAUUCAGAAAUGCACAGAAUUCAGAUAGAGAAAUCAACAGUGUAACUUUCAGUGUAGUUUUGAAAGCAUGCAGUGCUUUAACAGCAUUGGAACAGGGGAGGAGUAUUCAUGCUCUGGCUGUGAAAUUCGGUAGCGAUCAAGAUAACUUCGCUGGAAGCGCUGCUGUUGAUUUUUACUGUAAGUGUGGAGGCAUAGAUGAUGCAGAAAAGGUAUUCCAAGAGCUGCCUAAAGAUAAUUUGGCGGCCUGGAAUGCUCUGAUAACAGGACGCGCUCAACAUGGACACUAUCAGGCGGUUCUCGAGCUCUUUGAAAAGAUGACCAAAGUUGGCAUAGACCCAGAUGAGAUAACCUUUCUUGGAGUUCUUUGUUCGUGUUGCCACGUGGGCCGUGUGGAAGAAGCAAUGAACCUCUUAAACUCCAUGGUUGAAGAUCAUGGCAUCCAGCCUCAUUUAGAACACUACGCUUGCAUCAUUGAUCUGCUUGGUCGAGUGGGCCACCUACAAGAAGCAAAGAGGAGCAUCAAUCGGAUGCCCAUCAAACCUGACGCUCGGAUAUGGCAGAUCUUUCUAUCAGCAUGCAAUGUACAUGGCAAUGUUGAGCUUGGAAAAGUAGCGGCACGAGAGCUCUUCGAGCUCCAACCUGAAAAUGAGUCUGCUUAUGUGCUGCUCUCAAACCUUUAUGCUUCAGCGGGUAUGUGGGAAGAAGUUGGAAGAAUGAGGAAGGCAAUGAAAGACAGGACAAUCUGUAAGGAACCUGGUUGUAGUUGGAUUCAAGUGAAGGGAACUACUUAUUCCUUCUUUGCGAAUGAUAAUUCACAUCCUCAUAUUGGUGAAAUUAAUCUAAAGUUAGAGCAGUUGUAUAAGCAAACCACAACUGCAGAGUUCAUAGAAUAUGGGGUUUGAUUUGGAAUUGAGAAACAACAACACUUUCGUUUUUGGAGGGCAAGCUGGGGUUCGGCAAGAUCUCUUCCAGAACUAAAUAUGAAAAGAAGCCAUAACAAGAAGGAAGAGGGGCAAACCAUUCAGUCACAGACGGACAAGCAAAAGAUCAAAUAAGAAAAAUGAAAUACAGAAUACCAAGUGCAACAAAAUUGUCCCAAUUGAUUAUGAAAUAUGAUAAGUAUUCGAUUGAUUUAAAGAUGGUCGAGAGCAGCUUUCCAAGUACAAAAACCAUACUCUAGGUGUCAACACUUCCCACAACCUGCCGCUUGCAUGAAAUUCGUGCCGCCGGUCAUGCAU